AACAAAAUCUGUUAAAAAUCUAAUGUAAACUUAGUAAUUACUUAUAACUUUAGUAUGUUUGCAUUAACCUCAUCAUGUUUUCGUUCUAAACACAAGAAUUGGAUGGAACUAGAAAAGAAGGCCCAGGACAGAGUGGGUUGGAGAAUGUUGGUCGGCGGCCUAUGCUCCAUUAGGAGUAACAGGCGUAAGCCUUCCGACGCAACGUUGGACUUUUGGCGCGGAUUACUAUUGUAUAAUGCUAUUGGACUCCGUCUUCUUCAUUACGUCAUCGGUGCAGUCACUUGCAGAGGAACAUCUGUCAAUCAAGUGAACUCAGUUUGUGGUCGUUGUUCUCACGAGGAAGUGCACAAGUAACAUUCAUUCUAUAGUAACUGUUAGUGUCUGUUUGUUUAAUAUAUCUUUUGUAUUGCUAACGGUAUUUUGUUACCUUUGGUUUUACUAACCGACAGACAUCUAGGUUUCUUUACUAUAAAUUUUUUUUGGCAUAUCAUUAUUAACCUAGUGUAUCAAUAUAUUUUGUAUAAGCUCCUUUUGUUUGGGAACCACUACACAAUCUUACAACUUGAUUCAUGGGACUCUAAUACCACUAUGAAUUAGACCGAAUGACAUUGGUUAUUGAUUAUCGAUCACUUAGUGUUAACGAAUGUAUUUUAGCGGGUAUUCUAUGAGUUAUGAAGAGUAAAAUCAAAUUCAAGAUGGGAC